AUGUACGGCCCGUCGGAAAAUAAUAGUGAAACAUCGCUAAAAUCAGUAGAAUCAAGAACAUCAAGAUACGACGAUGACGAUGAUAUUACUUCUCUUAGCUCUGAAUUUCGCGAAGAAGAAUCUAUAAGAUGGAUAAAUAUUAUCUUUCUUCCAUUUCAACUGUGGUGGCAGGUUCUUGUACUAUGUGCAGUUUUGAUAAAAUGUUUUAUGGGUCCACUCAUGGCAAUAUUUCCAAUUGUGCGUUGUUCGUCGGCCGUACAAGAUGUAUAUUACAAUUAUUUGGAAUUUACCUACAGAUAUGUCGUUGACUCUUUGUACAUUAUUGACAUAUUUUUACAUAUUAUACACAGGCAAGUAACGGAUGAAGCUAUGAAAAGGGAACACCUUCCAAAGCCUGCUUAUCAGAUAAUACUUGAUGUGUUGUCAAUGAUACCAUUGUACACGAUGAUUGCUGAUGAUAUAUGUUCUACUAAUCAAAUGUGGCCGAAUUUGUUAAGUUUUAAUGAAUUUUUGCUUAUUUACAGAGUGGCGAAAUUUUUUUCUUUGAAUACGUCUCAUAACUAUGGAGUAUUAUUAAUUGGUUAUAGUGUAAUGUUUGCACUUGUAAUCAAUGCACUGUCUUGUUUCUUUAUACUUUCUACAUUUGACGGACUUUGUGGGCCCUGCAAUUCAGCAAGAAACGAUUGGUAUGACUGGCGUAAAGGAAGGCAACUGCAGAUACAACAUUCAAAAAACAGAGAUCUAGCUUUAUAUAUGUAUGGAUUUUCUUUUGUUACGGCACUUAUUGCAAACUCUUUAUAUGAUUCUUACACACCGGUUGCGUACAUGGAAAUUGUGUUGUUUAAUUUAUUGAUGGUACUUGGCUUCAUAUUUAUUGUUUUCAUACUUGCGCCCAAAUUGUUUGCCGAAUCUUUACUAAGAUUAAAGAGACUUUAUGCGUUUCACCCACGAGUCAAAAGGAUCAUUGAAGAGACUAAAAGAAGAAAUCCUUCGCCAUCGGCAUAUCUUCAAGUGGAAUUAUUCUAUUCUUUAAUUUGGACAAAGCGACAUGGCAUUAUUACGAUGCCAAAAACAAUAUAUGACUUACCAGAAGCCAUGAGAUUAGAUAUAAAACAAGACUUAGUAUGGCCUGUUUUUCACCACAGUCCUACCUUUAGAAAAUCAACGUUAUCAUACAAACGUUGGUUAUGCCAACACAUAAGCCUCAAUUACAAGCAGCCUGGCGAGAGGUUUUUCACCGGCCCGCAUUGCUAUAGUAAGUUAUACUAUAUUAAAGCUGGUAUAGUGCAGCUGCUUUCAUCAGACGACACCACCUCUGCUCUCUUGUCGGUGUCGGGUGGUACACUUUUUGGAGACAUCAGUUUUUUAGUUCCACCCAUGAACAGGAAAGUAAUUGCACGAUGUCUUACAUACUGUGAAGUACUCUCAAUUGCUCGAGCUGACAUUGUGACAUCCUUACAUAAGUUUCCUGAAGACCGUCAUAUCAUUAUGGGUUUAUGCAGAGAAAGAUUGAAACAUGCACAUGACUUAUACAAUAACAAAGAAAAAAAGAAAGGCGCUGAUAGAGCUGAAGAUGAAGGUAUUGCAUGGGUUAAACGUCGAUGGUGGGAAAUAUUUCAUAUCGUCCAUAAGUUGAAGUUUGCUUCGAGAAAAAAGAAACAAAUAUGGGAAUUGCCUGCGGAAGAGAGCAAUUAUCAUUGUUCUAAAUAUAUUGGGCAGUUGGUUUUAUGCGAAGACAUCAAAUUACAAAGAAAGUCUUUUUUUGUCAAAGUAACAUUUCCUUGGAUUUUAGCACCGGACUCUCAACUGGGCCAUAUUUGGCGUCAAUUUGUUUUGGUCACUGUUGCCCUCGUAUUAAUUAUACUUCCGCCAAAUAUUAUCAGACAAAAAAUUGAAACAGUCACUUGUCAGUUUGCAUCGAUAGAUGAAAAUAUAUUUUAUGGAAGCUUAUGUAUUUUUACCAAACAAGUCUGUGUAAAGGCUGGAUAUGCCACAUAUGGUAUUUAUUCAAUACUGGUUGGGUGGGUGGUAAAAGGUAUAAUCCGACUUCAAAAUACUACAACCAUUAAUGAUAUUGUCCUUGCUAUUCUGAUUACUAUAGGAAAUUUGCUUGUUAAUAUGUUUAUCAGAUUUAAAUUAAUAUCUGCAUUGUACUUAAAAUAUCGAGAAAGAAUAAACUACCAGAUUUUUGUAACAAAUCUCAAAAAUCACUACAAUCGUCUCAAAAUCCAUCCAAACUUACUUAAAAGACUGGACACUUAUUUGGACUGUCACUGGAGGUAUUACAAUGGAAUGGAUAUUUUGCAUCCUAAUGUUUUGAAGGAUGAACCUUUCGAUAUUUACUGGAAACUUCAUGGAGACAAAGCAGAAAAGAUCAUAAGUGAAUCUGCUGCAUUCUUAGGAGCCGAUACGGCACUUAUAAAGGAACUAGCUCACAAAAGCAAGUUUUUAAUACUUCCACAGAACUCUACUUUGGUUAUGUUUGGAGUAGACAUUGAAAACGUCACUUGGAUAUCAAGCGGUGUCAUAAAAUGUGAAUAUCAUGACGAUAAAGGAGAAGCAUGCAAACUUUUUAUACCCAAUGGUCACAUGUUAGCAAUGCCGGCUGUCUUCUUAGGUCGACCGCCUCUAAGGACGUAUUCGUCAGCAAGUGAUGUUGAGGUUCUCUACAUCAAAAUACAUGAAUUCUUCUCGAUUAUUCAGCGAUACCCAGUCCAGUGGUCGUAUUUUAAAAAAUGUGAGGAAGAGCUGGGGCCUACUUAUGACAAAAUGUUUAUUUCAUAUUUGAAAAAGCACAAGGAUUAUCAAAAAUCUUUACGUCAACGUGUAUUUCAUGCAAGACAGUCUAUUGGAAAUAUUAUUGCGUCUAAGACGAAAAUAUUUACGGAAAUAUCCGCAAUUCAUAAAAUCCAAAUGCCGAGUUGUUUCAAGGAUUUUAGAACUAAUCCCGAAUCAACUUUAUUGCGGUAUUGGAUGUCAUUUAGAGCAAUUGUCGUCUUUGUAUCUAUAAUAGCUUCAACGAUGGCCGGUGCAAGUCUUCGUGGUAUUUACGAACCCAUGAUGUCUCUUCGGAACGUAUGCAAUGGUGUCAGAGUCAUCGACAUUCCUUAUUAUAAUGAAAGAGGUCUAGUUAUUUCCAAGAUAUCUAAGUGUGCACUACACUACCUAGCUAGAAGUUUUGUUGUGGAUAUCAUAAGUAUCGUAUUUGGCUGGCCAGGAGUAGCGAGACAUAUCUUUGCCUUUAAGAGAGAAGAUAUGAACCGAAUAUUACAAAUGGGGGCCGAGUAUUUUACUUGUUAUAGUCAAGCUUUACUUAUUCUGGCAUACCGCGGGGACACGCUUUUUCAACAUGGAAUUGGCCAGUUAAAAUCAUUUUUGACCGGAGAAAGAGUGGAAAAGCACGUUAUUCAUAAAGCCGUCGAUCAUUUUACGUAUUGGUGGAGAAGAACGGCUGGUGUUGAUAUGAAAAUACUCAUGAAUGAACGUGUUGGAGUUGUAUUUCGCCAAGACUUGAGUUAUUAUUUUUUCAAGAGGACUUUCCAAGCUGUCGAUACGCUUUUGCAUGGUGGCGAAUCGUUGGAACGUCAGCUUGCCAGUUGUACCUCAGAGUUAUAUCAUUUACAAGGUGAAGAUAUCGUCAGGGAGAUGGAUCUCUGUCCUAAUCUCUUUAUUGUGCAUCGUGGGAGAAUUUCUAUUACAAGGAAUAACGUACAAAUUGCUGUUCUUAGCAAGGGAUCUAUUAUUGGGCAGUUGGAUGGAGCAAAAUUGCGUCCCAUACGCAUCACAGCACGUGCUUUAACCCGCGCAGACCUUUUGGUGAUACCCGUUAACCAAUUUCAAGAAAUGCUUACACCUGAAGUUCGAAAACACAUUUCAAGUAAUCUACAAUCAAAAUUUGAUUAUAUGGGUUUAAAGAAAGCUUUACCAGAAAACCCGUACAACAGUAUAGAAUAUUUACUCCGAGGAAGUAAAGUUAUCAAGCUUCCGUGGAUGUACGAGCCAGGAACGGCAGAAACUAACAAGUGGUAUGCCCGCUGGCUACUGCUGGUGUGGGCAAUAUGUCCUAUAGUAACAGCAGCUGCUGUUAUAAUGGUCUCUACUUUCGUUGAUAUGCAAUUUAAUGUAACUACGUCAUUGAUUAUGUCCCUGGACAUUUUGCACGUGGCGUAUUUGUACACGGAAUUUUACACGAUGGAAUUAGUAGUUGAAGGUGCAAGAUGUGAAUAUAAAUAUAAUAGGUUGAAGAAAUUGAAAUCGGUAUGGAUCUACAUAGACGUACUGUCAUUAGUGUUGCCAUAUUCGACAAUGUUCCUCAUAGGUGGCGGCGUUACUCAGCUGGCGCGACUGUUAAGAAUGUAUACUGUUUACUUCUUCCAUAGAGACUUUUGUAGCAAGUUUGAGGUUGUGCCAGUAACCAUCAGGGAAAUGUAUUACAAAAUAUUUGCAUGGCAUUUACUGUAUUUGGUUCGGCUGUGGAUUAGCAGUGUAGUCCUACAAGCAGUUUAUACAAAAUAUCGUCAUAUGUAUCAUUUUGACUACGCUGUACACAGCUUACUUAAAUAUUUAAAAUAUAAUGAUAUUUCCUUAUAUGUACGACAGUCAAUACAAACGUAUACUGAUCUUCUGUGGAAAAGACAAAGCGGUAAUUGGUUGCCAGAGAUAACAAAUCAAGCUCCAUUUUGUUUACGGGAAGAUAUACUAAGCUCCCUCUACAUACAUCAUCUGUUGACCCCAAUGUUAUUCCAGAACCUGCCUAUGUAUUUCUUAAGACAGUUGGCGGUGAAACUUAAACGAAUCGUCAUAUUUCCUGGGAAAUUUAUUGUUGAAGAAGGUGACAUUCAUCCUUGUAUUUAUUUUAUACAUGAAGGUGAAGUAGAAAAAUGGUACACCGACCAAUCCGGAGAAAGUCGUAUGUCUUCAGUGCUGGCUAUUAACGGAGUUUUUGGUAUUAUUCCCGGUCUCUUUCCUAACACACCUUAUCAAUUCUCCUACUAUACCCGGACGGUAGUGGAUCUUGUUUACUUGGACUAUUAUGACUGGCAGGAUCUCCUCAAUGGAUAUCCUGAUGUCAAGUACGAUCUAUACGUCGCCGCCAUGAAAAUGAGGAUAGAAACUUCAAAAAUGUCAUUAAGAUCACUGUCAAAAAGCUCUUUGAAAACUCCAUCGAAAACGUCAUUAAGAACACUGUCAAGAAGUGGUAUAAAUAUUCACUCUAAAAUGUCUUUAAAAUAA